AUGGAAGCAUUUGCCUCUGCUGUGCCGGAACCCUCCCCGUCUCCUACAAAGCGCCGAAGAAAUAAUCUAGCCCGGAACUGCGAAGAUGUUCUAUGCAAUGUAGUGAAAUAUUUCCCUCUUGCGUUUGUAUACGGGCUUACGACGUGGGCGAUAUGGGUGGAGGCGGGCGUCAGUAUAUACCAUACCAGGAGUUGGUGGAAAGGAACCCUCGGCGCUGUUUUAGGGAUAUCUAUCUACCUACUCAUGAACAUCUCAUAUACCGUUGCGGUCUUCACUGACCCGGGCACGCCUCUCAAAACCUCCUCUCACGGUCGAUCACGGCACCAAUACAGCCAUCUCCCAACGACAGAGGACCCAGAAUACACCUCCGUCACAGUCAACUCGUCGGGUGACAUGCGUUAUUGCAAGAAAUGCCAAUCUCGGAAACCAGACCGGACACAUCACUGUUCAACCUGCGGGCGAUGCGUGCUGAAAAUGGACCAUCACUGCCCAUGGUUGGCGACUUGCGUUGGAAUGUACAACUAUAAAGCUUUCUUACUGUUUUUGAUAUACACGUGUCUCUUUUGUUACGUCUGCUUUGCAAUUUCGGUGCUUUGGGUCUGGGAUGAAAUGAUGAAAAAUGCCCAAUACAUGGAGCGGUUCCUUCCGGUUAAUGUCAUAGUCCUGGCUGUGGUAUCGGGGAUGAUGGCGUUGGUGCUAACGGGAUUUGCGGGGUGGCAUGUUAGCCUUGCUGCCCGUGGGUUGACCACUAUUGAAUGUCUAGAAAAGACGAGAUAUUUGGCACCCGUGAGAAAGACGCUAGAUCGACAAAGGAGAACAUAUCAGCAACAUCAGCAACCACGCACCCAACAUGCUGGAGACUCCGCCGAUGGCCUCGGCAGAACCCUUCAAGGCUAUGGUCAACAGUUUCUUGAUAUGCAUGCAAAUGCGAUUCCGGGAGUUACGCGCGCUGAAGAAGGUGAAGAGCGUGCUUCACCAACGAUAGGAACCAGGAUUCCAGGACCCAUGCACCAACCUCACGACUAUAACCCUGAUGAACACUAUAACCAUUACCAGUCCCCAGCUCAACAAUCCCUCUUCAGAUCUUAUGGGGAGCUCGACCGAGCGCGAGAACACGACCGAUAUGAAGAAUACCUAGCCGAGUGCGAUAGCGAAAAGCUACCACAUGCAUUUGAUCUUGGCUGGCAACGAAAUUUGCUACACCUCUUUGGACACAAUCCUCUUCUAUGGCCUUUCCCCAUAUGUACUACCACUGGCGACGGCUGGCGUUGGGAAGCCAGCAGCAAAUGGCAGGAAGCCAAACAUAGGAUUGAUCAACAAAGAAUUCGAAGAUGGGAAGAGUCGCAACAGCAGCAACAGCAGUUUCUGCAGCAGACAUCAUUUCAACGCCAGCCUCAGCCAACCCCAACGCAGCAUCACUCUUGGCAUACGUCUGAGCCGCACCCCGGAACCUCCUGGACUGGCCGUUUCAAUAGCACGGGAAACCUAAAGCCAGGGGGACCGUAUAUUGGGAACAGUGCGGAUGACCGGCCAUCAACUGGCGUUUCUAUGAAAACAUUACGGCCCAUGUCCCCUCGCCCUCGACCGGGCGAAGGGGAAACUGACAUUGACGAGGUUUCUGAUCAAUAUAGCACGAGUUCCGACGAUGAUACAGAACGACACGCAUUAGUACCAAAUGAUGACACUAAACGAACGCUUUCUAAUGGUGGUAAUGGAAAGGGAAGAAGGGAAGAAUGGGCGGACUGGGAUUGA